AUGAGCAAGAUAUUGAAAUUGGCAUCGAUUACGUGCCUUAGUUCGGUCCUUGGAGGUGCUGCCUAUAUGUAUAUAGUGGAUAGAAACGGGUACCAUUACCAAAAUUCAUCAUGGAAACGAGUAUCUGACCACGUCCAAGGAAUAUUGGAUCGUAGGGACGACAUUAUUGUCCAUCAAACAGGACAGAAGGCGAGAGAGGUUGUUGUGAGGCCGUUGAGUGAAACCAUGAAAGAUAUGUGGAACGCGCAAGUUCGCAGUACCGCCGACUGGGUGUACAGCUGGGGCAAAUAA